GCCAAGGACAAUUGGUGACUUAUGAUUCAUUCUCUCUAGUUUGCAGACAGCACACAGGGAUGAACAGUAGUCCGACAGGGAGUGUUAAACUGUAGAAGCUUAUAACCGUUUAUUAAAUACAGUGAGGGCUCCUUCGAUUACCCAGAAUGCCCUGCUUGUUGCCGUCUGGCGAAGGAGUGACUGUGUGAAAAGAAUCAGUUAGCUGCCUUUGAUACCCAUUAGGUUGUCGUUACUAUGCAUUUGUAUUGUAUGAAAUAAGAAAAAAGAGGGAAAGAAAAUAUCUGGGAAAGGCGAAAUCUGUUGUCGUCUAUACACCAAGCGAUGCCUCUCUUCACGACUAACCCCUUUGACCAAGAUGUUGAGAAAGCAACCAGUGAGAUGAACACUGCUGAGGACUGGGGCCUCAUUCUGGACAUAUGUGACAAGAUAGGGCAGUCACGCACUGGGCCCAAAGAAUGCCUCCGCUCUAUAAUGAGAAGAGUGAACCACAAGGACCCUCACGUAGCCAUGCAGGCACUGACUCUUCUCGGUGCCUGUGUCUCAAACUGUGGGAAAAUUUUCCACUUGGAGGUGUGCUCCAGAGAGUUUGCCAGUGAAGUCAGUAAUGUCUUAAACAAGGGCCACCCCAAAGUCUGCGAGAAGCUGAAGGCCCUGAUGGUGGAGUGGGCGGAAGACUUCCGCAAUGAUCCGCAGCUCAGUCUGAUCUCAGCAAUGAUCAAGAAUUUACGGGAACAGGGUGUCACGUUCCCUGCUGUGGGCUCCCAGGCUGCUGAGCAAGCAAAAGCAAGCCCAGCUUUAGUGGCAAAGGAUCCCUCCACAUCAACAAACAAAAAAGAAGAGGAGGAUUUGGCCAAAGCUAUCGAGUUGUCUCUGAAGGAGCAGCGUCAGCAACCGCAGACCUCAAUGUCGAGUCUUUACCCAAACACCUCCACCCUGCUCUCCUCACACAAGUCUGACGGCAGAAAAGUCCGUGCCAUCUACGAUUUUGAGGCUGCAGAGGACAAUGAGCUCACCUUUAAGUCGGGAGAAAUCAUCACUAUCCUGGACGAUAGUGACCCAAACUGGUGGAAAGGGGAAACAUAUCAGGGGGUGGGGCUGUUUCCCUCCAACUUUGUCACUGCUGAUCUCACUGCAGAGCCUGAGAUGAUGAAGACGGAGAAAAAGACAGUACAGUUCAGUGAGGACAUUCAGGUAGAGACCAUAGAGCCCGAACAGGAGCCAGUGUACAUAGACGAGGACAAAAUGGACCAGUUACUGCAAAUGAUUCAAAGUGCGGAUCCAACAGACAACCAGUCUGACAGUGUUGAAUUAUUACAGCUUGAAGGUGCCUGCAAUCAAAUGGGGCCCCUCAUUGAUCAGAAGUUGGAGGAUAUUGACAGGAAGCACUCGGAGCUGUCAGAGCUGAACGUGAAGGUGAUGGAAGCGCUGUCUUUAUAUGCCAAGCUGAUGAAUGAAGAUCCCGUCUAUGCCAUGUAUGCCAAGCUGCAGAGCCAACAGUAUUACAUGCAGCAGCCUGCCAGCGCCGCACAACAGGUCUACCCUGGUCAGCCUGCAUCAGGUUCAUAUGCCAUGAGCAGUGCUGGGGUGCAAGGCUAUACCGUUCCUAUGGAGCAACUUCCUCCUGGAACUCCCAUUCCUGGUCAACCAGUUCCCAGUGACGUUCAUAUGUACAUGGGCCAGCCGCCUGUGUACACUGCAGCUCCAGGCGGCAUGGCACCAGCAGAUGUUCAGUCCUACCAGAAUCCAGCCAGCAACCCUGGCCCAGCACCAUGCACAACUCCCGCAGGCAUGACGCAGACCGCAAACUACAGCGCUGCCUCUGGCGUGAGCAUAGCACCCUCCACAGAUGUCCCACAGGCCCCCUUCUCAGAGAAAGCAUUGUUAUAGGGCCACCGGAGCUCACUGAUAUCCUCACAGGCACAUAUGCACUCUUACAUACAGACACAACCACACACUCACAAAAAAACAGACCUGAUCAAAUAGUUAUAGUUGAAAAUGUGUUUUUAUUGCAUAAGUUGACACCAGAUCAAUUAAAACACAAUUUAAACAGAGUAAACUAA